AUGAAACUCUGCGAAUUUCUGUUGCUCGCCACAAUUUUCGCGGCGUCCUCAACUGCUGGCGCCGCAACAACGAGAUCCUGGCUGGCGGAACGCAAGUACACCGUUCCGGAAACACCCGAAAACUGUGAACAGUGCAAGACGAUUGUGAGAGGCGCGAAAGGACCGUGGAGCCGAGAGGAACUGUAUCAGAAACAAUAUAUGCGGACAAUUGCAUAUUUUUUGAGUGGAGCUCAGGUACAGCUUGUUUGUUGCUUCAAAGUGAUGCUCAUACAUAGUACUGUUCCUUUGUAAUUGACCAUUUUAUGGUACAAUAAUUCCUAAGCAUACUGUAGCUCUUGGAAGUUUAGUCCUGACUGUAGCUAUUGUCAACAUCAAUUUCCAAGACCUACAGUAACCUUUAGGAGUGGUCGUACAAAAAAAUGAUAAACUAGAAAAACAGUCUACUUGUUUUCAUCUAAUGUUUCAAAACAACGUGAAAUCUACAGGACAUCAAACAACCGUACAAUAUCCAUUCAAAUUUCGACCGCUUUUUCCAGACAGCCUGCGGCCACAAAGAUUGUCGUCGUUUGAUCGGCCAAAUCGCGCACAUCUACCGUAUCAAUCCGAAAUUGUCGAACGCCACCGAAACGGAAUUGUGCGUGGCGGCGAAAGUAUGCAGUCCUACAGUACUUUCGUCGAAAUAA